AUGGCGGAUGACCUACGUCGCAGGCAUAGACGCCAAAGCGAAGUGACCCGACGAGCUUCGCUAUACAGGCGCAAUAAAAACGACAAUUAUAGGACACGGGUUGAAAUGCUGAGAGCCAUCCAAAAACCCGAACUCAUUUGGGACAGUACCCUGAUAAGCGGGCUGACUCCUCCACGAGGUUUCCGAGAUAACGACUGGGGAAUGAAUAACAAAGCGAACGGUCUGGACUUUAAUCAUGUCUUCAAAACACUUGCCAAGAUAUCCUCCCAAAAACUUGGAGAGGAACGCAGAAUUGAGAUGUUAAAACAUACUGCCAGUGAUCGUUUUAUAGUGGAUUACAAGACUUCUAUUCAUCCAGAUGACCAGCAAUUUCUAGAGCUGGAUGGCCAACAUCCGAUCCAGAUACUAAGUAAAAAGUCCACAGGCGAGUGGGCGGGGCUAGAUAAAGGGCCAGACGAGAAUUCGCUCUCUAGUGUGAAGACGCUUUUCCGCUUGAUAAACAUCCUCACUGUGAUGAGAAGGUUCGCCGAUGGAAGGAAUCCCGAAACUAGGGACAAACCUCUUCCAGAUGGCUCUAACCUACUCGAACCUGAUCUUCGCAGGUCUUGGGUAGUACACCGGGCAUGGAUUCGGCUGCUACACUACCGUGGCUUUCAUCGUGGAUUGGAACCGUUUGGUGUUGAGCAGCUACGAUACAUUAUGCAGUCGACUUUUGCUUUAUAUUUGGAAGAGGUAUACAACGUAGCGCCUGAUCCAGUUGAAAAGCGAGUAUCCUACGAUGAAUUUCGGCCGAUUGAUGAUAUGCUUAGUCUGGCGCGUGAGAAAAUAGAAGCGAUUGCUGAUCAAAUGGAUAAAGAGGGACUGUGGUCAGUGGGAAUUAGGUCCAAGGAUCCUGCGAGGUUCUCCCAAAUUGUCUGGAAAAACCUAGGUCAUACACCUGAGGAUUACGACUUUCGGCUUUGGUCAUUGCUCCUGAAUCUUAAUGGAGACUUAGAACACAAAUUAAGACGCGAACACGUCGAAGACGUCUUAAUCAACAAGCGAGUUGUAGUCGAAGAUGAAUGGUGUGCGGUACACGACGCUCUCAUUGAUGAAAACCAAUACAGCGCUAAUAAAUUCGUAUCCCAACUGGACCGGGAUUAUCAAAAUUCUAUAGAGCCCAUCCUAUCCAAAAUUGGACAGAUAAACUGUAUGCGAAGAAACUACCUCCUCCUCCGGAACUGGAACCACAAACGCCCUUGGAAACAACUGUAUCAUAUCUUUGACACCACAGACAAUGGGCCAGAACGCAUGUAUCGCGAGUCCAUCUCAGACUUCUACGCAUACAUCCACGAUAUCCAGCAGAUCAAAGAACCCCACCUCGCUGAGGAUAGCCCCUCCCGUAAAGCCAACAUCUGGACGAGCCUCUUUCCCAUCCACCCCAUCGGACUCCAUGGACCUGAGCCGUUGAUUCCCCAACUAGAGGAUAACUGUGUGAUCUGUAUGGACGGAUUCAAAGCAGACCCUGAACACCCAGUAAUCGCUCGCCUACACUGCAAUCACCUCUUCCACUUCCUCUGCAUCCGAGACUACUGGGAUGACCCGGACAAACUCCAGAUGAAGUGUCCACUCUGUGGGCCAUCAAGCCUAUGUACCCUCCGCUCCACAGCCGCCAUCACGCCCGAGGUCGCGGACGUGUGGGACAACGCUCUAGUCGUUGGAGAGCAGCGGGCAGCUGCAAACCCUAAUCUCUCGGAUCUGUGGGCGGACGACCAGAUACACCGGAUGGAAAUGAGCUAUAGUUGGCGUCACAGGCAUCCGAAUGAGAUGAGGGUUGCGGCCAUAGAGAUGGCGACGUUGAGGGAUGUGAGGUGGAGGGUGAACCGUUAUCGUCGGGCAGAUGCUAAAGCCCAGAAAAAGGCCUUCGGCAUCUAA